CGACAUUCAUUCGUACUUCGCACUGCUGCUUCUACGACUUCGCACACAGAGCCUGCUUCGGCUCUGAGCAGAACUUUCUGGAAGGGUAUUAUGCCUCGUGUGUCUCCCUGCUGUUGAAAGUAGUUGCAAAAAGGAUCAAAUGUGCGGCAUCACCCUCGUACUGCGGCGCCUGCAAGGCAAUUGCGGCGAUGUCCCACCUGAUCCUCAGCUUGAAUGGGAAGAUGAUCUUGUAGCAUGUAAUGCUCUCAGAGGCCCGGACAUUACUGAGACAGUCACUGUGUCAAUUCCAACACCCGCUUCAUCUGCGUCCUCGUCCACAACUGCUGUGUGGCAAGCUCGGCUGAGCGCAUCAGUCCUGGCCCUGCGUGGACCAAGUAAGACCGCACAACCAUUCUUUUCGCCAGAACACAAUCUAUAUUUCGCCUGGAACGGUCAAAUUUUCGAACAGCGCAAGCAAUAUCAGCCAUGUUCGAUCGCCAAGAACUCGAAAAAGGGUGCAAAUUUCAUCGAGCGCCGGAUUAAGGAGCUUUUUGAACGAGUUUGGAACGGUGAAAAUGACGGGAAAGCUAUCUUCGAAGCGCUCACGGAUAUUCUCGAAGAGUGCGAGAAGCAGGUAUCGGUAACAGGGCCAAGUCCCAUGGCCCAUGAAGUGCUAGCCUCUAUCCUCGAUGAGGUCGAAGGCCCAUUCGCAUUCGUGCUAAUCGAACCUAGCAGAGCCCGCAUUUUUUACGGUCGUGACAUGCUCGGUCGACGGUCACUGCUUCACACACCUCGAGUCUCUCUCAAUUCUUCAUCCUUCGCUGGCGAUCAUGGUUUUCUCUUGUGCUCUUGCUCCACGGAAGCAGUAGUAAGGACCUUCGCUAGGAUUGAUUCUGAAGGCUCGCACGGUGUGCGUGAACCUGCUGCGGUCGAAAGUACUGAUGGAGAAUCGACGGCUCCUAAUACUGCAGACAUACAGCUCACAAAUCGAUUGGAAGAAGUCCCAACCAGCUCCUACUUCCUUCUCACCCUUCAUUCAGAACCCGAAUCGAAGCCUUGGCCACGAAUAAGGCCGGAUUGGCGCUGCGUGCAAUCCGCCGGCCCCAGCGAAGACCCCGUUAGCAUGCAACAACAACGGUCAGACAAGAGGAAACAAAAUGCGGAGAAUCUUUUGACUGAGCUCAAAACGGCUGUCGCAAGUCGUUUGCCACCCAUUCAGUGUCGCACCGCUUCUUCUGUUUCUGGGUCACAUUCUUCGUCGACAUGCUCUACAGCGCUGCUAUUCUCCGGCGGCUUGGAUUGCACCGUACUUGCAUUGCUCGCGCAUGCUCAUCUCCCACCUGAAGAACAAAUCGACUUAAUCAAUGUAGCUUUCGAGAACCCUAGAAGCUUAAAGGCGCAAGAGACGGAGCUGUCGAGGCGCAGUACGAUCAAUCAGUCGAAGAGAGGAAAGGUUAAUAGUACGAAAGACGAUAAAAUUGCUGGCUGCUGCAAAUCAAGUUUGACUUCCGUCGCACAGCUGAAGAGAGGGCCAUACGACACACCUGACCGCCUGACGGGUCUUGAAGCACUCGCAGAACUGCAGAGACUGGCACCCAGCCGGGAGUGGGUGUUCGUACAAGUGAAUGUACCGUCACAGGAGUACAAGAGCAGAAAAGGUGGCAUCGUGGAAAAGAUGUGGCCCAAUGCGACCGUCAUGGACUUGAGCAUUGCUGCGGCCUUGCAUUUCGCAGCCCAUGGGCGAGGCGUGUCCUACUCUCCUUUGACUACAGCCAGUGACUCUGCGGCAAACCCCGGCGCGGCAGUAUAUGAGACUCCAGCUCGCGUCCUUCUCAGUGGCCUCGGAGCCGACGAGCUGUUUGGAGGGUACGCCAGGCAUAGGACGGCUUAUUCCAAGGAAGGAUGGUCUGGCCUCACCAAAGAACUGCAACUCGAUUUGGAUCGCCUUCCCGAAAGAAAUCUAGGUCGAGACGAUCGCAUGAUCGCGUGCACUGGCCGAGAAGCGCGGUACCCAUUCCUUGCGACCAACGUCGUGACUUUCGCUUGCAGCCUUCCUGCUGCCGAAAAGGCCAAUAUCCCCUUGGGAGAAGGAAUAGGUGACAAGAUGGUCUUGCGAGAUGUAGCGCGCUUGCUCGGCUUGCAGGAUACCGCCGAGCGCAGGAAAAGGGCAAUUCAGUUUGGUGCGAGGAGUGCAAAAAUGAAUGAAGGAGACGGAAAGGUCAAGGGACAGGCACUUCUCUCUCGCGAUUGAGCAACUUUUUAUUUCGUAGGAACAGGAUAUGUACGCAAGCAUUAAAAUGGAAAUGUGCGCUGUCAC